GAGGGCUAGGGGAUAAGAUAGGUGUUAUCGCGAAUGUUAGGUGGCUUAUCGAACGAGAUGUUGCUCGGAGAUAAUGGGUAAUUGGCGACGGUAGUUGGAGAUGAUUGAUUGUUGUUGUUGUGUGCUUUCGCAUGUGACCAAACUCGGACAGGUGGGGAAUAUGGUAAUCCUUGGUUGAGACUUCUGUUAAGCGCGUUAGGAGGCAUACUUUAGAUAAUGCUUCGUUUUUUUUUUUUUUUUUAAAUUCAUUGGUUCACGAGGGCGUCUGUCCUGAGGGCGUUUUGCUUUAGGUGAUAAGACCGCUGUGCAUGGAGCAUAUUUUCAUCAAAUGUUCAAGAUCGACGUUCAGAUUUCACGUUUAUCACAUGCCUUGCAAAUGCAGUCUAACGAGGAGAUCAAACAACGGCAAAGUAGCGAACACUUGGUUUCGUCAUCUGGUUGCAUAAAAAUAAGAAUUCCAACCGUUCUCGUUCAAAUCACUCGUGAAACGCGACUAGGAAAGAUUCUCGACGACGAAAUCUCGAUCGGUUUAGCUUUGAGUUCAAGUUGUUUCGACCGCUAGUGCUCUAAAUCGCUCUUCACGUUACGUCACUGUCUAUACAAAGAAAACAUAUAAUACGUUUUCUAUAGAAAAUGUCCUUAUCUCUAUUUCGAGUAAUAACUAUUUUUACGCCAAGUCCAGACAUUCUUGAGAUAUUCUCCCAAAGAUAUUUUUGGGAUACUUUCGACGUUAUUUUUAGCGUCUUGAUAGCAGUGUGGUAAAAAAAUUAACUUCUCAAAAAUAUCAUCACAGUGCGAAAAUAUUGUGUAAUUUAGUCCACAGACUAAUAACGACGAGCAGUAUUCGCCAAGAGCGCGACGUAAAUACAGUUAGCUGGAGUUUAGUGAAAUUUGACAAACGGGUGGAACAUCCUCAUCUCGGUCGCAAUUGUUUAAAACACGGCGAGAGUGGAAGCCAAGCUGUUAUGCUUGUCUAAGUCACGAUUUCGGUGACAAGAGAUGCCGCAUACGUCCGAACUGCUUGCGAAGCGUGGUCUCGUCAUCCAGGGACUGCAAUUCCAGCGUAUUGUCCCAGAGACAUCAUUCGAGGACGACCUGUCCGUGUGCACCAGCUUCGACGAUGCAGAUGCCGAAGACCCUGGAGACUACAGACAGCCCAGACGACCCCAUUGGGCCAACAAAGUGCAAUUUGUCCUUGCUUGUAUCAGCUACUCUGUUGGUCUUGGCAAUGUUUGGAGGUUCCCCUAUCUAUGCUACAAAAGUGGCGGCGGUGUGUUCUUGAUACCUUACUUCUUAAUUCUCUUCGUCUGUGGAGUGCCACUGUUGUACAUGGAACUUAGUAUUGGACAAUUCACUCGACGAGGACCGAUUGGUGCUCUCGGUCAAAUUUGUCCCUUGUUCAAAGGAGCUGGCUUGUCGUCGGUGGUAAUAUCGUUUUUGAUGUCAACCUACCAUAAUGUGAUAAUAGCCUACGCUAUAUAUUAUUUCUUUGCCGCGUUCAGAGCAAAGCAACCUUGGUCCGACUGUGACAACUCGUGGAACACGUUAGGUUGCUGGUUGCCCACCUACAGCAUCACUGACAAUCGAACUCGUCCUAACGCUUCAAGGACACCUUCAGAAGAAUUUUUCGACAACAAGGUACUCCAGAUCAGCAAAGGAAUCGAAGAGUCUGGAGCACUGAGAUGGGAACUAGUUGCGUGUUUAAUUACAGCGUGGAUCCUAGUGUACUUCUCCGUCUGGAAGUCUAUAAAGUCAUCUGCCCAGGUCAGAUACAUCACUGCGACCCUACCUUUCAUCCUUAUCGUCGUCUUCCUCGCGAGGUCUCUCACUCUGGAAGGUGCUGAAAAGGGUCUGCAGUUCUUCUUUCAUCCUCGAUGGGAGUUACUAGGCGACGCAAAGGUAUGGAUCAACGCUGCUGCCCAAAUCUUCAAUUCCGUUGGCAUAGCGUUCGGCUCGAUGAUAUGUUUCGCGAGUUAUAACAAGUUCCACAACACCAUCCUAGUGGAUAGCGUUGCGGUUUCGCUUAUAAACGCGUUCAGCAGCCUGCUGGUUGGAAUAUUCUCGUUUGCCACCAUCGGUAACAUCGCCCUGGAACAGAAUAUGUCUGUCGAGGCAGUUCUGACAGAUGGACCUGGCCUGGUAUUCGUCGUUUACCCGCAAGCGCUAGCCAAGAUGCCAGCAUCGCAACUGUGGGCCGUGUUAUUUUUCUUUAUGCUAGUCUGCCUUUCGUUGAACAGCCAGUUUGCGAUAGUGGAGGUGGUUGUAACGUCGAUACAAGAUGGCUUCCCAAAGUGGGUGAAGCGUCAUCUCGUGUGCCACGAAAUGCUAGUACUUCUAGUAUGCGUCAUAUCGUUUCUCUUUGGUCUACCCAACAUCACACAGGGUGGCAUUUACUUCUUCCAAUUGAUAGACCACUACGCAGCCUCGAUAUCGAUCAUGUUUCUAGCCUUUUUCGAGGUGAUCGCUAUAUCCUGGUGUUACGGUGUGCGACGACUCUGCAACAAUGUGAAGGAAAUGACCGGACGAGUGCCUUCUGCGUAUUUCCGGUUCUGUUGGCUCAUCGCUGCGCCUCUCCUAAUCAUGGCCGUGUGGGUGUUCAGCUUAAUUGAUUAUGAACCACCGACCUACCACAACGGCGAGUACGAGUACCCGUGGUGGGCAGAGGCGAUAGGCUGGGGGAUAUCUUCUCUUUCCCUCAUUUGCAUCCCAGCUUUUGCUAUCUACGAGUUCGUCAAAGCCAACGGGAAUACUUGCGCAGAGAAAUUACGAAAUUCCAUCAAGCCGCACUUCGAGGCGUGCAAGAUUUGCGGCCAAGAAUAUUGCAUCGAGCCUAUACAUAAUUACGAGGACGAAGCAAUUAAGGACCUGCCACAUGACACGAGCAGCCCCAUGCAGCUCAACACCAGUAUUCUUUUGCCAAAACCUCAGACAUGACACAGGAGAGCGAAGAAGAUCACUCGAUAUCUCGCAUUACACAGAGUGUGUCGCCAUAACCACGUGAUUAAAUUGCGAAGAAUAAGACGUUCAACAUUUUCGAAUUCGAAUUCUUCCAAUUCGUCGAAAUUCGGUUAAUUUAGGAAAGGAAAACAAGAACGACGCAGAGAAACUGACGAAACCUCAGUUUUUCGCGUUGUAGAAAACUUUAGGUCAAGUAUUCAAAAAGACUACAGUUAUUGUUGUUAUUCGUUCUUAUUAUGUAACAUUAGUGUAGCAUUUUUCAACUCAUCAUCCCUCACGCGUACACCACGUGCAUUAAAAUUGAUUAAACCUCAACUUUUUCAAUUUUCUAAAAUGUUGAAGCGAGUUUUCCAAGGCGAACAAUUAUUGUUGUUAUUCAUUCUUGUUAUGUAACAUAAAUGUAGCGUACUUCGUCUCGUCAUCGUCCAUACGUACAACCUGUACAUCGACGUUACAUCAUAAUGUAAAUCGCACCGAUUGAAAGUAGAAGAGACUUAUUCGAACGCACUGCAAUUAACAAUCGCUGUACCAUAUAGACAACGUUAAGUAGAAACGAGUACAAAUGUUAACAGUUAUAUCGCACUUAUACAGUUUAUCGAAUAAGUAGCAACGAUCGAAGCGACGAAAUGGAACGAAGAGUGACCGGGUAAGCUUGUUAACUGCAACGUGACUGGGCGCGUGAUACAAUAAUCGCCGAUAGCAAAGAUGAUAAGUCGCGUGUGAAAUCGGAAAGACAGCGAAACACCGCUGAAGGAAACCAAAUUGUGUUAGCAAUGCGAACGCCACGAGCGCAUUAGUCUUGUAAUAAAUUAUUACAUUCUCGCUGUCGUUUGUAAAUAUAUUUUUUUAGCCCGUUUAUAAUAUUUAGGAAUCGAUGCCUUUCGAUAGGUUUAGCUGAAUCGCUAAUUUAAGGACUAAUUAAAUACCGAUUGGGACCAUUGGAA